AUGCACUCCCAUGUCAAUCGAAAACACUCCUUCGGUCCUUUCGAUGAUCCCUUUGUCAGUGAAGCCUUGGACGACUUUUUCAGCAUAUGGCGCCCGAAGAAAACAGCGGUCGAACAGGAGUUGAAGAGACAGAGGCUGCUGGAUAUCCAAGCAGAUAUCGACCAGCGGCUUGGUCUUGAUUCGUGUCCCCCACGGCCGCCUUGCCACUCUCGCAGGCAGUCCUUGGGUGCCGCAAUGUGCAGAUUCACCACUGUGCCUGUUCCGACUUCCAAUCCCAUAAACGAUAUGGGCAACAGGAGCGAUGACACCACCAAGCUUCUUGCCUCACCCGCCGCACCGAAGGUCGAGGUGCCUGUUCCGACUCCGAAUUCCAAAGACGAUAAUGGCGACAGGAGCGAUGAUACUGCCCAUCCUCUUGCCUCACCCGUCACAUCAAAGGUCGAGGUGCCUGUUCAAAAAGAAAGAGGAAAGGAUAAGAGGAAGAAUAAGAAAAAGAAGAAGAAGAACCCCGAAACCCUGAAUGAGCAACAAAGAAAGAGGCGACAGGUCAAAAAGAGGGAGCAACAAAAGAAAAGUAAGCGUGGUAAACAAGCAGCAGAGACUCAGCCUGCUUCUGCCCACAAAACAGUACCACUGUCUCCCCCGCCUACGUACGCUAGUGUUGAGGCAGCCCAAACUUUGCUCAGUUUAAAAGAGGUGAAUCCUUGCUUUUCUUCGCAAACUACAGCUCGUGAUCCUGCUACUAUUCCGGCGCCGGAGUCCCCGGGUGCAUUCGAGUCGCUCCCAUCACCUUCUAUCAUGACAGAUAGAAUAGAGUCUAUCCAACCGUUGAAUCUCAGUGAUGCAGAGCCGUCUACAACAGCCCAACGUUCUGAACAUACUCGCCCACUAAGAACGUCGAUUUCGCACAUUCCGCCUUCCACUGAUGAUCCAACACCUUUGACGCCCAGAACCGAUGCCGAUGCCGAUGCCCCGGUAGUACACCUUACAAAGUCUGGAGCUCAUUCCGCUGAUAGCACAACCUUGAGAACUAGCAGUGACGACACAAAGCCCAAGACACCUGCUGAUAUGCUUUUUGCGGAAAGAGAGGAUCUUGCGUUAGCGAGUGAAAAGCAGCAGCAGCCUGAGGAGGAGGAGGAGGAGGAGGAGGAGGGAAGAAGAAUUCGUGAAGAGCAAGCAAAAAUCCUGAGCUAUGAGCCGCGCUCGCAGGAGCUUUGCAACUUCGAUCCCAACUGCUGUGUACAUCUGCCAAAAUUGACUAAAUGCGUUUGUCCUCCUAGAAAGUCAUGCUGCUGCACACACUUCAAAGCGCAUUGCCAAUACGAUCCAUCAGAUGUCGCACCUGAGGUAAACGAAACAGGCUGUGCAUUCCCAAUAAACAUUGGGGAGAAUGUUCAAAGCAAAGCACCUGCAGUUGAGGAGCAGAAGUCUAGUGACAUGAACAAAGAUACCGAUUUGCACCAGGAAUUGAGGACGAAGUCUAGCCUGUCGGCCUAUCUUCUAGAAUCAUAUCACUCACAUGCAAUGUGUGACUUCGGCUUUGAGCUGAUGACCGAACAUGACCCUACACCUCAUGCAAUUAUACAGACACAUAAGAUCAUAAUUGCACGAAGCCCAUCAAUUGCGGUCAUACUGAAGUUCCCCGCCUACGUGCAAGGGUAUAACCAGGUCACAGCAAUCUUUAGCGCAAAAUCAUGCAUGAUACAUGGCUUUGAGUAUGCUCUGGAAUAUAUGUAUGGUGGGUCACUCUUGAAUAGUCGCCGCCUGCAUGGAUUGACACUCAAGUUGCUGGGAUACACUGAGACAAACUGUACCGAGCUUCCAUUUCCAGUCGGCACGGCCAAGGCCGAGGUGGCAUACUCCUAUGCGCUAGCCGGAGCAUGCUUGCAAUUGACUGAUGUCAUUCAAGCCGGAAUCGAUCUGACCAUCGCCUUGAUUAGCUGGGAGACAAUAGAUGAGAUUCUGCAGUAUGGGGUCCGACCUCAAGACUACUUCAUCACUUUGAAAGCUGCUACAAUCUUCGACCCUAACCCUCCUACGCUCGGAAAGUCAAUGUCCAGCACGCCAGGGGCACAGGACUUCAAGAAUCGCUGGGCUCCUGAGAUAGUCACUGCCUGCCUUCGUUUCAUUGUGGACGGGUUGAAACCUGACUUUGAACUGUGCUACGGGUACCGCCAAAACUCAGGCGGGCCACAGACCGAAAGCAAAGGCCAGAAGAAGACUACUUCAGCAGAUGCCGAGGACAAAUUAUGGCCCAGUUAUGAGGUCUAUACGGCUUCAUGGGUUCUUUCGAGCUUACCGUACGGCUACCUUCUGGAAGCUCUGGAACUUCUUAAUAAUCGUGGCUUGCUGUCACCGAGUCUGGUGCAUACUCUCAUGAUUGAGCGCGAGAUUAACCGUCUGCAGGGGCUCUUGGUUUGGAUGCAGGAGGGAAAUUCGACAUCAGAUCCGGAGACGAUUAAAGAGAUCAAUUUUCUGGGUUGGCAAGAGAGAAUCUACCUGGUUCCGGGUUCUCAGGAAUCCAGACCGAAAGAGAUCCAAUUGGAAAGGAAGUGGGUUGGUUUCGAUGUGACCCCAUUGCCAACGUCCAGUUCACUCUCCGAAAGCCGCCUUGAAGCUAUCCGCCUGGUUCGCCCUUGGCUGAAAUCUAUCUCGGGGGAGCCGAGUCAAAAAUUGUCUUAG